GGGUCGAAUCAUUGUAUAACCCGACACCAGUAAAUCACACCUCCCUUCUUCAUACUGAAUCCAGGUUAGAGUUAGAAAGACCAAAAAAAAGGAAAAGAAAACCAGAAAAGCUUUUGCUCGUCUCCGAGCUAAGCUCAAAUCUAGGGUUAGGGUUUACGAAUCGACCUUCAAAAUUCAACAAUGGCGAAUCGUACGGACCCACUAGCGAAGAGCAUAAGAGGUACGAAUCCACAGAAUUUGGUCGAAAAGAUAGUUCGAACGAAGAUCUACCAAAACACCUACUGGAAAGAACAAUGCUUCGGUCUUACCGCCGAAACUCUCGUCGACAAAGCUAUGGAGCUCGACCAUAUCGGCGGCACUUACGGCGGUAAUCGUAAACCUACUCCGUUCAUGUGUCUUGUUAUGAAGAUGCUCCAAAUUCAACCUGAGAAAGAUAUCGUCGUCGAGUUUAUUAAAAAUGAAGAUUAUAAGUAUGUGAGGAUACUCGGGGCGUUCUAUUUACGUCUUGCUGGAACGGAUUCCGAUAUCUACUUGUACUUAGAGCCUCUGUACAAUGAUUAUCGGAAGCUGAGGAUGAAGAAACCGGAUGGGCAAUUCUUGUUGACUCAUGUGGAUGAGUUCAUAGACGAGCUUCUGACUAAAGACUAUUCAUGUGACAUUGCCAUGCCUCGCAUUAAGAAAAGAUGGAAUCUUGAGAAUAUUGGUGCUCUGGAACCCAGAAGAAGUGCCCUGGAAGAUGAUUUUGAAGAGGAGGAAGAAAAGGAAGAAGAUGAGAUGGAUGUAGAUGUUGAUGAACAUGAAAAGGAUUAUCGCGGUAGGAGUCCUGUGAGAGAUAGGGAUAGGAGGCGUGAUAGUCACAGAUACAGGGAUAGGGACUAUGACCGUGAUUAUGAUCGUGACUAUGAUAGAGAACGUGGAAGAGGGCGAGAUAGAGACCGAGAUAGGGAUAGGGACCGAGAUAGAGAUCGGGACAGAGAUAGGGACCGUGACCGAGAUCGUUAUCGUAUCAAAGAUGAAAAGGAUUAUGGUCGUGAUAGGGAUAGGCGUGACAGGGAUCGUGGUAGGCGGAGGAGCCGCUCAAGAAGCCGGAGUAGGAGUAAGGAUCGCAAGGACCGUGAAGGUGACCGUAAGAGGCAUGGUAGGAGUCCCAGCCCCAGAAGGCAUGGAGACGAGGAUAAUGGUGCACGUGAGGAAUCAAAGAAGACGAAGAAGAAGAAAGAGAAGGAGAAGGAGAAGAAGGAUGAUGGAACAGACCAUCCUGAUCCAGAAAUUGCUGAAGCAAACAAGCUUCGAGCUAAACUUGGGAUGAAACCAUUGAAGUUAUAGAUACAUAUGAUUAUAUAUGUAUGUAUCCAUACUUUCUUUCCAAAGGUUGAUUGUAUAACCCCUUUCUCAAAUGUUUAUACUCGGUAUGAUUUCUGUUUCAACUGGCUAUCAUCAAUUUGUACAGAGUAUAACCCUGUUUUCGGUCAGCCCAAAGUGUUACACAUUACAUUUGAUGCUAUUGAGAAAGACUGCAUUCUAUUA